GCUUACAGUGAUGGGCUUGGCCACAUUCGCGAUAUGGUUGGAAUAAGGAAAUAAAGUCCGCACCCAGAAAGGACCAAAAUACAAGCAGAGAAUCCAAGAGUUUGAAUACAAAACUGACGUAUAAAGAUGUGAAAUUGAAAAUUCUUGGUGUAUGUUUGUUUCGCAUAUGAACUAAGUUACCUGUCUAUUUUGAUCAUUCAUCGUGUUAGCACUCCAUGUGCGGCUGGAGGGCGGAAACAUUGUGAAGCUGUUGGAUUGAGUGUGUGUUUUGACAGAUAAACCUGGAAUCUGAUUGAGCAAGUUGUUUUACGCAGCGAGGAGGCUCGAAACCAGGCAGCUCCCAGCAAUAAGUGUUUGCCUCACGAUUCACCCAAGCAGCAGUCUGCAUUUCACCAAGAUGGGACGAUAUUUGCACUUUCAGAAAGGGAAAUAACAACGUUUACAAUUGUAGCAGCGUGGGUUGAAAGCUCACCAUGUCUCUCACUUUGCUUCUGAAGAAAGUUUCUAACCUGAGUGGGAAGUAUGACCGCCAGGUUCACAUCACAUUCCGAGGUUAUACGCACUUGACUAGGAAAGUGAAAUGUGAAUACGAAGCUGUCUUCAAUGAGAUAUUAGUGGAUUUGGAAGUCAGAUACCAGCCGGUCGAGGGAGUUGUGGGAACGUGGACUGAAAAUGACUUUGUGGUUGAUAUAAGCGACAGGGAAGCUCUUAUUAUUCAGAAUGAGGGCUAUCGAUCGCAUGAGUAUUCAGAACUGGAUAAAGAGGAUCAGUUGGAUAAAAAGACAAGAGCUCUUGGACGGAAGUUAGUGAACACCAAUAGCUUUGAAGAUGAUGACGAUGUUGAUAUUUCAGAAGUUGAUAUCAGUUCUGUCUCUUUCACUCCACAGAAAAGUCGCUGUAGAUUUUUCAGCCGAAUGGAACUGGAAACACCCAGCAUACAGAAUUUCCAGAUAACAAUCAAUAUACUUGAAGCACGAAAAUUAAUUGGAGUCAACAUUGACCCAGUGAUUUAUGUGAAGGUGGGAGAUGAAAAGAAGCACACGGCAACUCAGAAAUCCACUAACUGCCCAUUUUAUAAUGAGUAUUUUGUUUUUGAAUUCCAAGAGCCACCAGCUGUCUUGUUUGAUAAAAUUAUUGAAAUUAAAGCUGUUCACGCAAAAAAAAUUCCAUUCACUGGAGUUCAGUUGGGAACAUUCAAGAUUGAUGCAGGGACUGUCUAUCAACAGCCUGAUCACAAGUUCUUCCAGAAAUGGGCAGCUCUAACUGACCCUAAAGAUACAAAAGGUGGCAUAAAAGGAUUUGUAAAGUGUACAAUUACUGUCAUGGGGAAAGGAGAUUUACAAGGCUGUCUCUCUGUCACUAAUCAGGAUGAAGAUAUUGAAAAGAAUCUUCUACUUCCAAAACAAAUGCCAUCUGAGAGACCUUGGGCCAAGUUCUUCAUCAAGGUUUAUAAGGCGGAGGAUCUCCCCAGCAUGAACUCAGGAAUAAUGGGGAGUUUUUCAAAAAUUCUGAGAGAACAUAAAGUUUUCAUUGAUCCUUAUGUUCAAGUUAGCUUUGCUGGGCAGCAGGGAGAGACAUCAGUGGAAAGCAACACUACAAAACCAGAAUGGAAUGAACAAAUCACUUUCAUUGAGAUGUUUCCACCAUUUGCUCGACGUAUCAAAGUUCAAGUCAUUGAUAAUGCUAAAAUUAGUGAUACUGCUGUCGCAACUCACUUCAUCAGUUUGGAACAAAUAUCGGAUGCUGGAAUUAGUGCUGGAUUCCACCCUACCUUUGGCCCAGCGUGGAUGUACCUCUAUGGCUCGCCUCAGAACUCAGUGCUAAUGGAUGCUCACAAGGACUUGAAUGAGGGCCUGAGAGAUGGGAUAUUUUAUAGAGGCCGAAUACUUAUUGCAGUGACAAUGGAGGUUUACAGCUCAAUUUCAGCAAUUCACAGCACAAAAGACAAAAGUGCAAAGAGUGCUUUGAGCAAAUUCAAGCUAAAAACAAAAAGCAAGAAAUCAAUAUCCAAGUCUAAGCUUAAAGAGGAGAGCAGCAGCCAAAAUGAAGGUGAAGGUGGUGCAAAUCCCCAAGAACAGCCCAGUACAGUGGAGGUAGAGGUUGAAGAAAUCCAUCCAGUCCCUGAGUCUCUUGCAGGUGAGAAGGAGGAAUUCCUGCUGUUUGCUUCAUUUUUUGAGGCAACCAUGAUUGACACUUCAGUGGGGUCACACCCUGUCACGUUUGAAGUGUCCAUAGGUAACUAUGGAAAAUUGGUAGAAAUUGUCACAAAAAAGAAAAAAGAAGGGAAGGUGGAUGACGAUGAGGAGAAGAGAUCUUUACUGGACUCAAAAGAUUCAGAUGAUGAGCUAGAGAAUGCUGAAAUCAGUUUCCCUCCAAAACAAAACUCAAUUACACCACCUACAAAAGCAGAGUAUACAGAAUUUGACAGGUCAUAUUGUUGUAUUCCGUAUCUGUAUGAGAAACCAUGUGUGUAUGUAUGGAGUUCUUGGGAAGACUAUUCCUGGCGCUUGUAUAAUUCCAAUCUCCUUGCAAAGAUAGCAGAAAGACUGGAGGAUGGUCUUGAUGAAGUGGCUCACAUGAUAAAGAGACCAAAGUCAGAAUCACACACUCAACUUCAACAAGUCUUGAAUGAGUUUGUUGCUGGAUGCAGGCAAUACCACAUCUACACUGAAAAGAAAACUACAAGCAGGCCCAACAACUUGGAUAGAUGUCGAAUUAAGUCCUUAAAGCAUAAUAUUAUUGUAUAUGCAAAACAGGCACUUAGAAUUAUGAAGAGAUUGAACAAGAAAAACGUAAAGGACCAACUGAGUGAAGCACAUAAACUACUGGAGAAAAUCAAAAAGCGAGUGGAGGAGCCACAAACACCAAUCCCGGAUGUCUUCAUCUGGAUGCUGAGCAAUGGCAAGCGUUUAGCGUAUGCGCGUAUUCCUGCCCGACAGAUUCUGUACUCAGUGGCAGAGGAAGAGAAGGGAAAAGACUGUGGGAAAAUUCAGACCAUCAUCAUGAAGGCUCCAGGCGCACCCAUUGGGGAUAUUUUUGCGAAACUGGAGCUUUACAUGUGGCUGGGUGUUACAAAAUCCAUCAAAAACAACUUGAGCAGUCUGCCUCAGGAGUUUGUUCCAGUUUAUGAAGAGGGUGCAAGGAGAACAGAAACUUCACUACUGCCACCGAUCAAGCUCAACAGUGACUACAGUAGUUAUUUCCAGUUGCGAGCCCACAUGUAUCAAGCUCGAGGUGUUCUUGCAGCUGAUGAUACUGGAUUAUCUGACCCUUUUGCAAGAGUUGUAUUUUCAACUCAAUGUCAAGCAACUAGGUAUCUGGAAAAAACACUUUCCCCAUUGUGGUCUGAGAUGUUGCUGUUUGAUCAAAUCCUGAUAGAAGGGAGUAAGGAUGAACUGAAAAAGGAUCCGCCCAUUAUCAUCAUCAAUAUCUUUGACUAUGACAGCUUGGGAAGCCCAGAGUUUCUAGGACAAGCUUUCGCAGCUCCCAGCAUUAAGCUGCAGGGUGAAAGUUAUGUGAAACCUUCAUUAAAGUUUCAUGACGUUUACAGACGCCAGACAAUGGGUGGUGAACUGCUAGCAGCUUUUGAACUGAUAGAAUUGGAUUACAGUGGCUUUGGAGAGCCAUCUCUCCCAGACGAUGUGGAAUCUAAGGAUCUGGAAUACCUUGAUGAACAGAGGAAAUAUUUCAUUAUUCCCACAGGAAUUCGACCAAAGCUCAAGACGUUCAGAAUUGAGGUUCUGUUCUGGGGCCUGAGGGAACUGAAACGUAUAAAUCUUUUUGAAGUGGAGCAACCGCAGGUGACAAUAGAAUGUGCAGGUCAGAAAGUCGAGUCUGAAAUCAUUACAAAUUACAAGGAAAAUCCCAACUUUGAUGAACUUGUGAAGUAUUUUGAAGUGGAUCUCCCAGAGCAGAUGUACCUUCACCCACCGCUCAGCAUCUUUGUAGUGGAACAGCGUGCAUUUGGACACACUAUCCUUGUGGGAUCCUAUACUGUCACAAGCCUGCAACAAUUUUCCCUGAAGGAAUUGGAGGAGCAUCCAGAACCACAGGAUGAUGAUCUCAAAACCAAAAAAAAGGGACGCAUACGCCCAUUUUCUAAUGACAACAUGCAGGGUCAAAUCACCAUCUCUGUUGACCCAGAAGUGGCAUUACCUGAGAAUAAAAAACGACCUCUUGAUGUUCUGAAGACACCUAUGAAGAAACUGCCACUGAAAACGAAAUUACUAAAAGAUAAACCCGAAGAAUAUGAGGAAAAGAUUGAUCCUGAAGAGCUGGAUUGGUGGUCAAAGUAUUAUGCGACACUGGAGGAGAUGAAGGAAAAAGAACAUAAAGAUGAAGAAGAAGCUAAUGAACAUGAUGUUACUUAUCUUAAUAUGCCAACAUUUGAUGAGAUAGAAGAGGAAGUCAGUAGGACAGAUGAGCAAGUGACCACACCAAUCAAGAAAGCCAUAGCAACGUUUCAGAUUUUCAACUCAGAACUAGAGAUAGAAUUCUCUAACUUUGAAGAUUGGCUCUAUAUCUUCCCACUGUACCGAGGUAAAGCCAAUGGAAAUGAAUUUGGAGAUAAAGUUGAUGAUCGAACUAUGGGCAAAUACAAGGGCUCCUUCCGAAUCUACCCAAAUGAUGAAGCGGAAGCUGAUUUUAAGAUAUUACAGGGUAUCCCAAAGAACAGACCAAUCAAAGUUCUUGUCAGGGUUUAUGUGGUGAAAGCAACUAAUCUUGCUCCCACUGAUUUAAAUGGAAAAUCCGAUCCCUACAUAGUUGUUAAAGUUGGUGAACAAGUCCAGGACAGUAAGGAGCGGUACAUCACCAAACAACUAAACCCUGUCUUUGGAGAAGUGUUUGAAAUGACUGUUGAAUUUCCGAUGGAGACAGAGCUCACUGUUUCGAUAUUUGAUCAUGAUAUGGUUGGAACAGAUGAUUUGAUUGGUGAAACUAAGCUUGAUCUAGAGAAUCGAUACUACAGUAAACAUCGAGCUCAGUGUGGAUUGCCAACGCAAUAUGAGGCACAAGGUUACAAUGCAUGGCGUGACUGCCUGAAGCCUUCCCAGAUCUUAACAAAACUGUGUAAAGAUUUACAACUAUCAGGAGCAGAAUACAGGACUGGGGAAGUGAAAGUCAACAAUAAAGUAUUCAAGAUUCCCAGUGACGCACAACCAAUGGAAUUACUAGCUGGGAAAAAUGUUAUAUGCUGCAAUGAGAUCAUUUCUCAUUCUUUGAUACUAUGGUUAAAGGGUUUGGAAGAUGAUAAACAAGAGACUGAUGUCCACUUUAAUUCUCUGACUGGAGAAGGAAAUUUCAACUGGCGAUUUGUCUUCCGUUUUGACUACUUGCCAACAGAGAAGGAGAUUGUUUAUAAGAAGAAAGAGUCAAUUUUCUCUUUGGAGGAGUCUGAGUUUCGACAGCCUGCUGUUCUCAUGCUCCAACUUUGGGAUUAUGACUUGAUUUCUGCAAAUGACUUUCUUGGUUCUAUUGAAGUGAAGCUGUAUGAUAUGGUCCGAGGAGCAAAGACAGCAAAACAAUGUACCAUCAAGAUGGCAAAAGAAAAAGCAGGUCCACGCACUUCCAUCAUAAGAAAUAAACGGAUGAGAGGAUGGUGGCCGUUGAUCAAAGUGAAAGAGGUAGAAGAUGGGGAGAAAGAGGAAGAAAACAAAAAAAAGAAGAAAAAGAAGAAAAAGAAGAAAGUUAAUAUUGAAGAUGUUGAGUUUACUGACAAUUCUAACAACACUUACAUCCUUCGGGGUAAAUUAGAGGCUGAAAUGCAUUUGCUGACUGUAGAGGAAGCUGAAAAACGCCCCGUUGGCCUUGGACGGCAGGAACCGGAACCACUUGAGAAGCCCAAGUAAGUGAAUA